CUUACUCAUGCUGCGUUUGUCUCCUUGUGGCGCGCGAGCAUACCAAUCAUCGUGAGCGGCCUCGAUAGUGCACUUCAGCUCCCGUGGACGCCAAGCUACUUUAUUGAGAAGUACGGAAACAUGGACGCUUCUCUGAUAGAUGGGGGCACCGGAGAGACCAUUCAGUCGACGGUCGAGGACUUCUUUAAAGGGUUUGGUCUCUUGGAUCCUCAACGCCCCGUCCUGAAAUUGAAGGACUGGCCAUCGGACCGGACCUUCAAGGAGGCGUUUCCGGAUUUGUGGGCGGACUUUCUCUCAAUAUUGCCAAUGCCCGACUAUACCAAGCCGAACGGGUACUUCAACCUCGCGGCUUACAUACCACGCAAUACGGUUGUCCCAGACCUUGGCCCGAAGUUAUACUUGGCAUAUCAGGAUAAGAACUGCCUUGGUUCUACAGCGCUGCAUGCCGAUGUCUCGAAUGCUUUGAAUAUCUUGAUGUAUGCAUCAAGGACCUCGGACGAUAGAGACGGCUUCGCACUUUGGCAUGUCUUCUCGCCGAGCCACACUCCGCUCCUCAGGGAGUAUCUACGCUCUCUCGAUAAGUCCAUUGGGGCUGUAGAUCCAAUCCACGCU